UACGUGCAAUGUGACGGACUGGUGGUGAUGAAGAUAGUGAAGCACUGUCACGAGGAGUCCUCCGACAACAUGGAGGUCACCCAGGGCGCUCUUCUCGGCCUGGUCGUGCAGAAUCGUCUGGAGAUCACCAACUGUUUUCCGUUUCCCAAGAACGACGAGAUCAUGGACGAGGAGGAGUAUCAGCUUGCCAUGAUGCGAAGACUGAGAUAGGUGAACGUUGAUCACUUCCACGUCGGUUGGUACCAGAGCGCAGACGUCGGCAAUUUUCUGAAUCUAUCUCUGCUGGAGUCGCAGUACCACUACCAGACUUCCAUCGAGGAAUCGGUCGUGCUUAUUUAUGACACCGCAAAAUCUGCCAGAGGUUUCCUGACGCUUAAAGCGUACCGACUCACUCCGCAAGCGAUACAGAUGUACAAGGAGACUGAGUUUACUCCAGAAGCUUUGCGUAUUAAAUAA